UAUCAGUAUGUGUGUUGUUUGAGAUUGUGUGAGUGUCAAGAGGGUUCCUUAGGACUCUUGUGUGAUGAUGGAGGACGGAGGAUUGAGGGGUUUAUAUAGUGUAGUUCACUGGGUUUUCAGAUCUUUUGGCAAGUGAACGCAUAUGUGCUUUACUGCUUUUCAUUUAGUGUUGACAAGGACAUGGUAUUGUAGACUUGUAGUAUUCUAUUGGUUGAACUACUUCCUGGUAUUCAUCUAUUAUUGAUGGUGAUUGUGCCUUGGUGGACCUUUCUACGCCAAUAAUUUGCUUUGAAAAGAUCAUCAGGCAUUGAAAGACUAAGAACCAAACAAUGUUGUUUGCCUAUUGCCAAACACCGAGUAUAAGUCCUACCCAAACACUUGAAUUUGGAUUGUAUUUACGACAAUGGACGGUAGCCUUUUCUUGUACACAGCCCUCCUCCUCCUCUUACCUCUGUACCUAAUCUCCAAACACUUCCACCGGAAAAUCAAGAACCACCCGCCGGCCCCCUUCCUCACCCUCCCCCUCCUCGGCCAUCUCUACCUCUUCAAGAAUCCCCUGCACCAAGCCCUAGCCACCAUCUCCGCCCGCCAUGGCCCUCUCCUCCUCCUCGAAUUUGGCUCCCGGAAAGUCCUAUUGGUUGCCACCCCUACUGCCGCAGAGGAGUGUUUCUCCAAGAACGACGUGGCCUUCGCAAACCGCCCGCGUCUCAUGGCCGCAAAGUACAUAGGGGACAACUACACCUCCCUUGCCUGGGCCGCCUACGGCGACCACUGGCGGCACAUCCGCAAGAUUGCCUCCACACACAUCUUCUCCCUGAACCGCGUCCAAACGCUCCACGAAAUUCGGGCGGAUGAGGUGAGAUCCAUGCUGAAAAAGCUCCAAAUGGUCUCCGAAUCCGGCACCCCGGUCGAAAUGAAGACCGUGUUUUUCGAGCUGACGGCGAACGUGAUGAUGAGGAUGAUUGCAGGGAAAAGGUAUUAUGGAGAGAAGGCAGGGGACAAGGAAGAGGCAAACCGGUUCAGGGAGAUUGUGACAGGGACUUUUCUGCUCGGUGGGGCGACGAAUGUGGGUGACUUUGUGCCGGCCUUGAAGGUGCUGAUGAGGAGGUUGGAGAGUGACUUGGUGGAGCUGCAUCAGAAGAGGGAAGCUUUCAUGCAGGAGAUGAUCAAGUAUUGCAGGAAUAGAAUGAAGAAGACCGCAAGUAGUGCCGGAAAGACGAAACCAUUUGUGGAGGUGCUGCUCACACUGCAAGAAGAGGAACCUGAGACUUACAAUGAUGAAAUGAUCAGAAGCCUCAUGCUGAAUCUCUUAGAAGCAGGGACAGACACAUCUUCUGGGACUAUGGAGUGGGGAUUAUCACUUCUCUUAAACCACCCCAAAGUCCUGGCCAAGGCAAAGAAGGAAAUCGACGAUCACGUCGGGCACGACAGAUUAAUCGAUGAAUCAGAUCUGGCCAACCUCCCCUACCUUAACUGCAUUAUAAAGGAGACACUGAGAAUGUACCCGGUUGGCCCUCUAUUAGUCCCUCACGAGUCCUCCACCGAGUGCACUGUGGGUGGCUACCGCAUUCCCAAGGGCACAAUGCUGAUGGUGAACCUCUAUUCCAUCCAAAGAGAUCCCAAAUAUUGGGACGAACCGGAGAAGUUCAAACCAGAGAGGUUCGAAGGGGUAGAAGGAGCCAGAGUUGGGUACAAGAUGAUGCCGUUCGGGUCUGGAAGGAGAGGGUGCCCUGGGGAAGGACUUGCCUGGCGCAUGGUCGGGCUAUCGUUGGGGUCAUUGAUACAGUGCUUUGACUGGGAAAGAAUUGGGAGUGAGAUGGUGGAUAUGAGGGAAGGAACUGGUUUGACUAUGCCCAAAGCUGUGGCUUUGGUGGCAAAGUGCAAGAUUCGCCCUUUUGUGCCCAAUCUUCUUUAAUUCUGUCACUCGACUGAACUGCUACAUAAUAGUUAAUUAAUAAGGCCACAUUGUAUGCCAUACUUGAUGUUUCUUCAUGUUUAUAUUUCAGUUUUUCAUGUUUAUUUUCCCUUUUUGUACCCUUUUAAAAGUACAUGCGGGAAAGCUUAUCUAUGUUCUUGUCUUUUGUUGUGUAUCUCAAUAAUGUUUGGGAGUCUUUUCUCCCUUAAUUACUUUGUUGCUCAGUUGGUCAUGAGCAUUAUUUAUACGUAGUUGUUUCUGCCAAAAAAAGAGCAUACAUUUUG